AGUUUAUUCUCAUUCAUAGUGAACAUACGAGAGGGUAAACGUCCUGAAAUUGACGCAGUGAUGUUGAUUCACUUAACACUAGGCUAUUACGUUAUUUAUUUUAUGCGUGUGAUUAUAACAUUGUUUUUCGGAUUGCAAUUAUGAGCCUACAAAAUGUUAAUGUAAUUGUCUUUGAAUCAAGAUGACCAACAAAUCCAGAAGUGUUUCAUUCUUAAAUUAGGCCUACUUAUUGUUUGUGAUUUUUGGGGGGGAUUAAACAUAUGUAAUAAUCUCAAUGAUUAUACUCUCAAAUUAUCAGUGAUAAUAUAUGAAUGCAUUACAUUUGAUAAAAACAUGAUUUACCUAAUAACAUUAACCACCAUCACUCAACACCAACUGACAAUGUAUUUUUCUUUUGCAUUGCACAACCGACUCAUUGGUCCCACAUCAUCACUAUGCCCAUCCUUCUAUUGCAUGCGUUUUUCAAAAGAGAUGAAUUUAGAGGGGGACAGCGGCCUGUCAGUGAUUUGUGGCAAUGGGAAACUUAGACAGUGGCUGAUCGAUCAGAUUGACAGCUGCAUCUAUCCCGGACUGGUUUGGGAGAAUGAAGAGAAAAGCAUUUUCAGGAUUCCGUGGAAACAUGCGGGCAAACAGGAUUACAAUCGUGACGAGGAUGCUGCACUCUUCAAGGCCUGGGCAUUGUUCAAAGGGAAACAUAGGGAAGGAGUGGACAAACCAGAUCCCCCCACAUGGAAGACUAGACUGCGAUGUGCUCUGAACAAAAGCAAUGACUUUGAUGAGCUGGUGGAGCGUAGCCAACUGGACAUAUCCGAUCCUUUCAAAGUCUACAGAAUCAUACCGGAGGGAGCUAAGAGAGGGAUCAAGAUGGCAGGGACAAUGUCCCACAUCAGCUCAGUCAACAGCUACCCUAUGCACUCUCUAUACCCAUCUCUACAGAGCCAGGUGUCUGGCGGAUUCAUGAUUCCUCAGGAGAGGAAGGAGUGGAGGGAGUACAGCCACGCACUGGACCAGCCUCAGCCUCACCAGCCACCCCACACUGAGCUGCAGUACAGCCAGUGCCACUACCCACAGCCACUCAGCCGACCCUGGCAUACCGGGCCACACACAGAUAACGGUUAUCAGUUCACUGGCUCCUUCUGUUCCUACUCUUCCUCAGAGUCUCACACCACAGCAUUUCAAAUGGACCACAACAUGUCUACCCUUUCUGACUUCCGACUGCACAUAUCCCUGUUCUACCGUGAGUCUCUGGUCAAGAAGGUAACCACCUCUAGUCCUGAAGGCUGCCGGAUCACCUCUUCUUCCUCCUCAUCUUCCUCUCCGUCCUCCCCCUGCCCCGAGGACAGGCUGUACAGUGGUGCAGAGACGGUGCAGUUCCCCUCCCCUUACCCCCAGUCUCAGAGGAGAGGGGCAGAGAAGCUACCCAACGUCCUGGAGAGGGGCGUGCUCCUGUGGAUGACGAUAGAUGGGCUCUAUGCCAAGCGGCUGUGCCAGAGCCGAGUGUACUGGGAAGGCCAGCUGGCACCCUACACGGACAAACCCAAUAAAUUGGAGAAAGAACAGACCUGCAAGCUGUUUGACACCCAGCAGUUCCUCACUGAGCUGCAGGGGUAUGCCCACCAUGGCCGUCCCAUGCCCAGGCACCAGGUGGUGCUGUGUUUCGGAGACGAGUACCCGGACCCCCAACGCCAGGCCAAGAUGAUCACAGCACAGGUGGAGCCCAUGUUUGCCAGGGGCAUGUUAUACUUCAGCCAGCAGAGCAGCAGUCACUGCCUGAGGGACUAUGAGCUCCAGGGACAUACAGAGAUCUCCCUUCCGGCUCCAGGAGUCUACCAGAGGACCCUUCAACAGAGCUCCCCUCUAGCUCCAGGAGACUACCAGAGGACCCUGCAACACAUACAGGAGUAACACACAAACAGGCCCCAGGAGCCAUGGACAUGAAUGUAGAUUGACCAAUGAGCUUUACAUCGCUUCUCCUGAAUAGUGUACAGUAUACUCAGGUCUUGGACUAAAAUACACUGUAAUUUCAACGUAAAACUGAACUGUGCCUCCAUUGUCAGUGUCAGCAGUUUGAGCCAAUGAUCAAUGUUAAAAAUGGGGGCGCUGAAAGAAUCUAACCUAGUUUGUACAGCCUUACAAUUAUUUUUGUAAUCAACCAUUUUUUUGUUGUUCUAUUAAAUUAUAUGAAAAAGUGAAUACCUA